AUGGAAGGGAGAGACGAUAGUUUGCUAGAUAAACUUAAGGAAGAGAAAGACUGGAAUAAUUCAUGCAUUUUCACAUCUACAGGAGAGGUUAUUGUAGAUAAUGGCUGCAGUCUUCUUGAAGAUGAAAUCGAGUUCUACAUUCAAGCAUUUGAUGAUAGAGAUACUACUGUUGGCAAUGGAUUUUUUGUCAAUGAUGUUCACUUUGAUGUUCAUAGAUUCCAUCCACCACUAAUUUAUGGUAGAAGGGGAGGACCUGAAGACGGAGAGGGUAUCGCAUUAGCAAGAGUAGUCCCAAAUAAUCCUAGAGGUGAUGAGGAAUAUUGGUAUUUAUUGAUCACGUAUUUGUUGCCAAUCCUUUCUGCCAAAGCAGUUCCCCAAAUGGUCGACUUUUCAAACAAUAACUUAGGGGAAAAUAAGUAA